CGCGACAAGUGAACAGCAGAAAGAUUUUGUCCAGCGCACCUGCGUCGGUGUCCUGUGCCUGUGGUGCAUGAGUUCUUUCUUGUCUGCUCGUUGGAUCGAGCUCUGCUGAAUCUUGGAACUGGUCAAGGUAGUCUCGUGCUCUCCUGAUCUGUGCGUCCAUCGCCCUCUGCCAGGAUGUUUGGGAGGCGUGGGACGUACGAGAUCAAUGAGCCCAGGGCGUCCAACAGUGACCGACAUCCGUCAUCGCAGGCGCUGGCACGGGGUCAUGUACGCUGCUCCAUCCACCUGCUUGAUGACAACAUCAUCGCCGAGGAUUUCCCGAAACGUGUGUCUGGAAAAGUACUUAUCGACCUGGUCAACAGCCGGAUUGACUUGCAAGAAACGGACUAUUUCGGACUGCAGUAUGUUGACAGUACUGACCGGUUGCAAUGGCUGGACCCACUGAAGAGUGUCCGCAAGCAAAUCAAAGGGCGCAAAGAAAUGGAGUUCUUCUUCCGAGUGAAGUUCUACAUCGCCGAUCCCAGCAACCUUCAAGAGGAGCUGACAAGGUUUCUCUUCUUUUUGCAAGUCAAACAAGACAUUCUUAGAAACAGGUUACCAGUUAACUUCAGUACUGCAGCCAUCCUCUCGGCAUAUGCACUACAAGCCGAAGUGGGUGAUUACGAUUCAAAGGACCACACACCAGGUUACGUGUCCAUCUAUCGCUUCGUUCGCAAUCAGACGGAAGAGCUGGAAGAGCAGAUUGAAAUGCACCACAAGACGUUAACUGGCAUGCUACCAGCGGAUUGUGAAUUCCAUUUCUUGGAGAGGUCGCAGCGUCUCGAGCUUUACGGAGUCGAUCUGCACUUCGCUCAGGAUGCGGAAGGUGAAGAGUUGAUGUUAGGCGUGACGCACAGCGGUGUGGCGGUGUUUCAGAACAAGAACAAGAUCAACUCAUUCCACUGGGCGAUGAUGCGCAAGAUUGGCUUCAAGAAGCACAAGUUCUUCUUGUACAUCCGAGGUUCUCAGGGUCACCCAUCACAAUCAGGUGAAGUGCCGACGGAACAGCCACCGGUGGUUGGAUUCAUUCUGCCGGACUAUCGGUCGUGCAAGGCACUGUGGAAGACGUGUGUUGCGCACCACACCUUCUUUAGGCAGCGGCAGCCAUCCCAGCCGCCCAAACUGAAUGGUCUGCUGCGUUUCGGGUCAAAGUAUCGCUACAGUGGGCGCACUCUGAACAUGACGGUGGAGCAUGGCAAGGAGACGGUGCGACCUGACUACGAACUAAGACGGUCCGCAAGCAAGAAGUACCAGCGACGUGGAGUUGGAGGUUAUUCCUCCAUGCGUGAGUCGGCUGCCAAGAAGAGAGAGGAAGCAGCGCAGGCGGCACCAGAAGAGAAUGGCGUUGACCAGCGGGAUUCCACGCCGGACACCAACGCGGGGAUUGGAGCGGCUGCUGACGUUGUGGUCAUGGAACCUCCAAAGCCCACUGAGGUAUAUGACGAGCAGUACUAUCAGGCCGAAGGACAGGACAUCACGGAGAACUAUCCUACUGGCAGUGUGCUGCCGAAUGGCAUGCUACGGGUGACCAUGAUGCCGGAUCAGGGCAGGUUUGGCUUCAACGUGCGUGGAGGCAGCGACCAGAAAGAGCCGGUGAAGAUCUCGAAGAUCACCGCCGGAAUGCCAGCUGACCUAAGCAAGCCUCGUCUUCAGGAAGGUGAUUUGGUGGAAGAGAUCAAUGGAACAGAAGUGGAAGGCCUCGCCCAUGAAAAGGUCGUUGGUUUGAUCCUGGAAACGCGUACCCUAGCCAAUCCCAUGCUUACAAUCAUUGUCACGCCUAAGGUUCCCGUGCCGCAGUCACUGAUCACUUCGGACCCGUCCAAUGACUUGCUAGAGAAGAUGAAGAGACAGUCACUGGCACGCAUGCCGAACAGUCCCGGCCCUCAGGAUCAGCUGCGAGCAUCGAUUGAGGUCCUGAAAGAGAGUCUCGAGUCGUCGGAUGCUCUGACCCAGUUUGGGCAACUGUAUCAUCGCAACCAGAACAUGCAGAUUGACGACGGCUUCAAACCGGAGAACUUCUGCCUCAAUCGCUAUCGUGACAUAAGCCCAUACAAUGCUACGCGAGUACGUCUGGAUGCCGAUAAUGAUUACAUCAAUGCUAGCCACGUCACGAUGGAAGCCGGUACUUCACAGCUAGCUUACAUCGCAGCGCAAGGGCCGUUGCAACACACGUGCGACACUUUCUGGGAGAUGAUCUGGGAGCAGAAUGUCAUCAAUAUCGUCAUGGUAACCAAGCUGAUGGAGUACGGACGGCAGAAGUGCUAUCAGUACUGGCCAGAGAGUGGCAGGACCAGUCACUGGAAUCUGGAUAUCAUUCUUCUGUCUGAAACGGAGGACGACACAAUGGGAACUGUGCGCCACAUUCAGCUGAUCCAUCAAACUACGGCAGAACGUCGCGAAGUAUAUCAGUACCAGUAUUCCGAUUGGCCAGACCACGGUCAGCCGUCCAGCAGCUCUGGGUUUGUGGACUUUGUCAGCGCACUGCACGCUAAGCGAGGUGAUCGCGACCCGCUGCUAGUGCACUGCAGCGCCGGCGUGGGCCGAACGGGCAUGUUCAUCACCAUGGAAACUGCCCUGUGCAUGAUGGACGCCAAUGAGCCGGUGUUCCCACUGGAGCUGGUUCAGAAGAUACGUGAUCAGAGACCCAUGGUCAUACAGACAGCGGAGCAGUACAAGUUUGUCUGCGAAGCCAUCGUCGCCGUGUUUGAUGGCAAGGCGGGGGCAGCGGCACUGAAGGAGACGUCAGCAGAGACACAGCGCGACUCAUCUCAGCAACGUCGCCAAUCCACGUCGUCCGAGAGCAGCUCCAGUGGCAGCGAGAGCGACUCGAGCUCCUCGUCCUCUGGAAGCGAGUCGGGCUCCACCACCUCCGGAUCUGCUAGCGAAGGGGGUGGCCACCCAGCGGAGAAUAACGUCCAAGCCAACAACCAGGCUAAUGAUGAGAAUGAGUAGCUGUGAAAGUCCUCAUCUCUUUUCACCUGUGCCCCUGGUGAUGAGUCACUGAUGACAUCAUAGUUUCUGCACUGACGUCGCUCCCACCUCUGAUCUCUUUUCACCAGUGUCCCUGGUGAUGACAUCAUAGUUUCUGCACUGACGUCGCUCGUACCUCACAAUGAUGUCAUUGUGUUAAGCGGCAGCGCUUCGCUUGCAUGCACAACGUUUGUGUAUUAUUGCAUUGUAGCGAUUUAGCCGGAUGUCCGGAGGUUGAGUCAGACCAAGUAGUCCACCGCCACCGGCGCAAUCACCGCAGCACCUCACGUAGCAUGCCUGUCUGCUUCAUCGGCAAAUCUGCAUAGCGCUCUCUCUCUCUCUCUCUCUCUCUCUCUCUCUCUCUCUCUCUCUCUCUCUCUCUCUCUCUCUCUCUCUCUCUCUCUCUCUCCGCCCUCCCUCGCUGUGCACUAGACAAAUAACACUUAGCCGAGCUGUCUGUCAUAUAUGCCGACUGCAUUCCACAAUGCAAGGAGUUGACUUUCCGCUAUAGUGCUCAGUCUAGAUCAGAACUCGCCGCUUGAGUGCCGACCAGUUUUCUGAAGGUUAAAGCACCCUGUGUGUGCGUGCGUGCACAAUGUCUCCAUUGUGUUGGCAAUGAGCAUGGAUGUACUUAUAGCGUUUUGUCUAGAGCUACAGUUUUUUUUUACGUUAGUAGCUGCUUAGUACAGUGCCCCAUGGGUGUACUCUUGAUAUGGAUAUUGCUUUCGAACUGCCCUGCUCGCAAUGCCAUGCCAUGCUUGCUGGAUGCAUGUACUCGUACUCGUACUCGUUCUUUUGUACUUCGAGAAUAGGAUGUCAGUGGAUGCUUUGCCCACGCGCUCCAUGUGUAUGUGUGCGGGAGCAUCUGAUCUGUGACACGCAUUACUCGCACGCUAGCUGAUUAUAUUUCCCCCGCUUUUUGUAGGAGACGAGUUUUUGCCUUCAGCGAGCGAGGCAUUCUGCCCCAAAUGAUUAUUACUAGUACCCCGGCGGUAUCACCAUAGUUACCUAAAUAACACCUGGAAUGCACACUGGAUGCCAUGGUUA